AUGGCGAAGCAAAUACGGAAGGCGUUGCUGCUGCUUCUGUUGUGCGCUCUGUGCCACGCUCUCACGGCCAUUGCAGGGAAGAGCUAUUACGAGAUACUGCAGGUGCCCAAGGGAGCCUCCGACGAGCAGAUCAAGAGGGCCUACAGAAAGCUCGCCCUGAAGUACCAUCCCGAUAAGAACCAGGGCAAUGAGGAGGCCAAUCAACGAUUCGCAGACAUUAACAAUGCCUACGAGGUGCUUUCCGACAGCGAGAAGAGGAGCAUUUACGAUAGGUAUGGAGAAGACGGUCUCAAACAGCACGCCGCCGGUGGAGGAAGAGGUGGUGGAGGCAUGGGAAUGAACAUCAAUGACAUCUUCGCCGAUUUCUUUGGUGGUGGACGCUCUGCUGAAGAGGAAGAUAAAAUCGUCAAGGGCGAUGAUGUAGUCGUUGAAUUGGAUGCAUCAUUGGAAGACCUCUAUAUGGGAGGUUCAUUGCAGGUUUGGAGGGAGAAGAGCGUUAUAAAGCCAGCACCAGGAAAGAGACGUUGUAACUGUAGAAACGAAGUCUAUCACAGGCAAAUCGGUCCGGGAAUGUUCCAACAGAUGACAGAACAGGUCUGCGAACAAUGUAACAAUGUUAAAUAUGAAAGGGAGGGAUAUUUCAUCACUGUUGAUAUUGAGAAAGGGAUGCAAGAUGGACAAGAGGUGGUCUUCUAUGAGGAUGGUGAACCCAUAAUUGAUGGAGAACCUGGAGAUUUAAAAUUUCGUAUCCGCACGGCACCUCAUGACCAGUUCAGAAGGGAAGGCAAUGACUUGCAUACAACCAUCACUAUCACACUGGUUCAAGCUCUGGUUGGCUUUGAGAAGACCAUUAAACACCUUGAUGAUCAUUUGGUGGACAUCAGCUCAAAGAAAAUUACAAAGCCCAAGGAAGUCAGAAAAUUCAAAGGGGAAGGGAUGCCUUUGCACUUCCACUCAAAGAAAGGAGACUUAUACGUCACAUUUGAGGUUCUAUUCCCCACUUCACUAACGGAAGAGCAGAAGAGAAAGAUCAAAGCUGUUCUUGGUUAGAUAAGGGAUACAUUUUUGUUGGUUCAAAUUUGUAACAUGAUGAGGCCAGUACAGAAAAGUUCAAAAGAAAUUAAGAAGCCCUCAGCAGCUUCUUUUUUUUAGAUAGCAAGUAGUACAUUUUAUAAAGAUCUUUUUGUUGUAGUCCUAGUAUUCUAUGAUGUAUGCCUUUGGUGAUUAAACCCAUCUUUCGUAUACUUACUCUUUGUUUCUUAUUGAGAAUCCUAAAGAAGUGAAAUUAUUUGAUCCACCAACAAA